AUGCUGAAAAGUGUUGUUUCAAGUAAAGUCGUGAGCCAAGUUCGCAGUGUUUCAUCCAAAUAUCCACGUCCAACUCCAAGACAUUAUAAGUAUGUUAUUUUUUGUGUUCUUUCAACGUCUAUUCUCCUUGAAGGAGAAGACUUUUCGAAGCGGCAGUUGCUCCCGAAGUUCCAAGACUGACGCAAGUAUGCUUUCCGCCAGGUUUGGUCAACAAGGAAAACAUCGAAGCUUCUAAAUCGGUUUGCUUAGUUUCAUAGAUCAUUUAAAUUAAUCCAUUCAAAUUGCAGUAUUCGGACGUCGAGAUAGCUUUGUCAAAGCUUGUGAAGCAAUGGAUGGUAGCUGAAGAAUUCCGAGUUUUAGCCGUCUGCCAGUUUUUGCCCGUCCCUGGAAGAACCUUGUGGCUAGCGAAGAACCAGUGAGUUUUCGAUAUUUGCAACGAAGAGUUGAAAUCCGAAAUUCUCAGGCUUCGUACAAAGGGAAUCGAGUUCAGAACAUAUGGAAACAAAAUAUUAAAGCAAGUUUUUACAAGUAAGUUUUCUUUCUCUUCGCAUAUAAGCCACUAAAUCAACGAAUCUGUUGCAGAAACGCCUAUUUCUGCUCUUGAUGUUACGUUUAUUGGUACAAACGCCAUUUUACUGGCCAAGGACCAUUCUGCAAUCAAAACCAUUGUUCAGGAAACCGACAAGUUGAACUGGAUAGUUCCCCUCGGUUUGUAAUUAUUAUUUUCUAUUAAUGUUCAUUGCCACUUUUUUGGAAAGAUAACUCUACGCGGAGAAAUAUAAAUUUCUCUAAAACAUGAAAUUUCGCUCAGUUUUCUCACGGUUCCGAUAUGCUUCUUUAUUUUAGAAAUCUGGAUAUUUCAUGUCAAUUAAUUUUAAUCUAAAUAUCGAAUUCAGUGUGAACUCAAUUAGAGGGAAAAAUAUCUUCAAAUAAAAAAUAUAGAGAAAACUUAAUCUCGAAAUGCCUUUUUCAUUGACCGGCUGAACCAGGAGUUUUCUGUAAAUGAAAAAAACUUUAAAAAAAACAAGUACCAUUUUCGAAAAAUGUUUGACUUCUGUGUCAGAUCCACUGGCAAUGCGGCGUUUCCAAAGUUUUUUAGGUUAUUUUAAAUGUUUCAAAUCUUCAAAAUGAGUCUUUUCGACCAAUUUUUGAAAAAUUUGUGCGUGUAGAGUUCCAAUAGGAUGACCACACUCGCAGUUUGAUUUAAUCGAAAAAGUGGUUUCAGUGAUGAUGGUGGAUGACCGGAUAGUUUCGAUGGACGAGGCGAAGAAGCUGGCGGAGCUCCACUCUUUGGAGGACCUCAGAGCGCACACCGUACAAAUUUUGACACAGCAGACGGCUCAAAUCACUCAGACGCUGGAAAACGCGACUAGAGCCUUACCUUCCGCCUUGGAUUUCCUCGCGAGUGACCAACGAGCUAAGUAG